AACAUUUCUAUCCAAUUCCUCGUCAAAAGAAAAAUGCCGCUGCCAAGAAGAAACGUAAUGAUAAAGGUUGGUUUUCUGCGUUGACAGUGAAGAUCGCGUAUUUUCUUUUUUAAGUCAAAUAAAUAGGAUAAAAUGUUCGAAAUGAAUACGGCCGAGCCUAUGCAGGUGGAUGUCCCAAUGGAAGAUAAUGAAAACAAUGAAACCGAAUGUUACGUUGUCGAGAACCCGACGCUGGAUUUGGAAACAUAUGCUGCAUCAUAUUCCGGUUUCGCCAAAUUGUACAGACUCAUGUUUGUAGCAGAUCACUGUCCUUCUCUUAGGCUAGAAGCUUUGAAAAUGGCUAUAUCGUAUGUCAUGACCACAUAUAACGUAAGUCUUUAUCAAGCACUCCACAAAAAACUAGCUGAAGCUGUAGCAUCUGCAGGGUUGCCUGAUGUAGCAGUUCAAAUGGGAUCACAAGACAUACCUGUUCUUGAUACUAUGUGGGUAGAAUCAAGAACUAAAAAAGCUGCCAUCAAAUUGGAAAAGUUAGACACAGACCUCAAAAACUAUAAAACAAAUUCAAUAAAGGAAAGCAUUCGGAGAGGACAUGAUGAUUUAGGAGAUCAUUACCUUGAUUGUGGAGAUCUGACAGGAGCACUCAAAUGCUAUUCCAGAGCGAGAGAUUACUGCACAAGUGGAAAACACAUAAUAAUGAUGUGCCUCAAUGUAGUUAAAGUGUCAGUCUAUUUGCAAAAUUGGGCACAUGUUCUUAAUUAUGUAUCAAAAGCAGAAGGUACCCCUGAUUUUAAUGAAGUACCAGGAAAAGACUCUAAUCAGUCGAUACUCACUCGUUUAAAAUGUGCUGCUGGAUUAGCCGAGUUAGCAACAAAAAAAUAUAAAUCUGCUGCAAAGCAUUUCUUAGCUGCUAGCAUUGACCACUGUGAUUACUCAGAGCUGCUUAGCAGCAAUAAUGUUGCGGUGUAUGGAGGAUUGUGUGCUCUUGCUACUUUUGACAGGUCUGAAUUACAAAAGCAAGUCAUAGUUAGCAGUUCUUUUAAAUUAUUUCUAGAACUAGAGCCGCAAUUGCGCGACAUCAUUUUCAAAUUUUAUGAAUCUAAGUAUGCAUCCUGUUUAAGGUUAUUGGAUGAAAUAAAGGACAAUCUUCUCUUAGAUAUGUAUUUAGCACCACACUUAAAUUCACUGUAUAUGCAAAUUCGUAACAGAGCACUCAUCCAGUACUUCAGUCCUUAUUUGUCUGCUGAUAUGCGACUAAUGGCUGCAGCAUUUAAUCGCACUGUAACGGCACUUGAAGAUGAACUUAUGCAACUAAUACUGGAUGGACAGAUUCAGGCUCGAAUUGAUUCUCACAAUAAAAUAUUGUAUGCUAAAGACGUAGAUCAAAGAAGCACCACCUUUGAGAAAAGUCUUGCCAUGGGUAAAGAUUAUCAACGCAGGACAUCUAUGCUGAUAUUACGUGCUGCAAUGCUCAAAAAUCAAAUUCAUGUGAAGAAUGUUGGUCGUGACACUGGUCCACAAAGUGGUGAAGCUCCUGGUUCUAGCACAAGUAUCGCUACGCGCACCUUUGAUACAGUGACUUUGUGAUGAUUUUACUCGAACACAUAGGACAUUCAUUACUUUUGCAUGACAAUUUGAAUACUUUGUUAAGUGCAAUGUUUUGUGAAAUACUUCUAAUAUUGUUACCUCAAUAUGAAUCAAUUAUCAUGCAAAAUGUAAAUGUUAAAAGAACUGUUUGUGUAAUAUCUGCUUAUUUUUCUUUUAUAGUUAAGAACAAAGGAGUAGGCUGUCGUAAUUUCGAUAACUUACUAAACCAAUAUGAAAAUUUAACACUGGAAAAUGUUAAUCAGCAAUCACAACUUUAAAAAGCUGAUGCAAACAUAUUUUCAACAUUGUUUAUACUGAAUUAUUCUAUGUAACCACAAAAUAUUAUGUCUACGUAAUUUUUAAUUAAAAAGUAAAGGCAUUAAAAGUUUUGUUUUUAAAAUUCACAUUUUCUCUAUGUUUUUAUCAAACAGGGUUCAAAAGACGAUUUUUAUAAGAUCUGAUUAUUUGAUAGAUCUAUAAAAAAUAUAUACCUACAUAAGGUUUUUUCGAUUUUUUACAAUGAUAAUAAAACAGGAAAACAAAUUACUUGUUAUUAGAGUGAUUAGUUAAAACAUAUUUAUUUAUGAAUUAAUUAACUAAGCA